UCCUGGGCCAAGAGGCGGAGGAAGGACAGCUUAGGCAGCAGAGGUUCCCAGAUGGCGGAGCUGGAUCUGAUAGUCCCAGAGCCGCUGCCUGGGACCACUGCUCACCCUCUGGCCCCUCUGAGCCUGGGCUCUGGGUCAGCUAGCCCACCAGAAGAAGAGGAUGUGGAGAGGACUGUGGGAGAGACAGUGGCACGGUGUAAUGGCUCUGCAGGGCAAGAAACUCCUGGCAAAGACGGGGAGGAGGAGAUCCCAUGUGAUUUCUGCCUUGGGUCUAGCAGAGUGAGGGCAGUGAAGUCCUGUCUGACCUGCAUGAUGAAUUACUGUGAGGAGCACCUGCGGCCACAUCAGGAGAAUAGCAAACUGCACAGUCACCAGCUGACCCAGCCGGUGAAGGACCAUGACCUGCGCACCUGCCCUGCCCACCACAGCCCGCUGGUGGCCUUCUGCUGCUCUGAUCAGCAGUGCAUCUGCCAGGAGUGUGGCCAGGAUGAGCACAGGGGCCAUUCCAUGGUCCCAUUGGAUGUGGCCCACCGGGACAAGGAGGCUGAACUUCGGCACACCCAGUUAGACCUGGAGCGGAAACUCAAGCUGAAUGAAAAUGCCAUCGCCAGGCUCCAAACCAACCAUAAAUCUGUUUUGGUGUCGGUGUCCGAGGUCAAGGUGGUGGCUGAGGAGAAGUUUGGGGAACUCCUUGCUGCUGUGAGGAAGGCCCAGGCCGAUGUGAUGCUCUUUCUGGAGGAGAAGGAGCAAGCGGCGCUGAGCCAGGCCAAUGGCAUCAAGACCCACCUGGAACACAGAAACACAGAGAUGGAGAAAAGCAAGCAGGAGCUGGAGAGACUGGCGGCCAUCAGCAACACUGUCCUGUUCCUGGAGGAAUACUCCAAGUUUAAGAGUGCUGAAGAUGGUGCCUUCCCCAGCGUUUACAUAGGGCUAAAGGAUAAACUCUCGGGAAUCCGCAAGGUCAUCACGGACUCCACUGUACACUUAAUCCAGCUGCUGGAGAACUACAAGGAAAAGCUCCAGGAGUUUGCCAAGGACGAGGAGUAUGACAUCAGGACCCAAGUGUCUGCCGUGGUUCCACGCAAAUAUUGGCCUUCUAAACCUGAGCCCACCACCAGGGAACAGUUCCUCCAAUAUGCACAUGAUAUCACGUUUGAUGUGGACACAGCCCACAGAUACCUCCGGCUGCAGGAUGACAACCGCAAGGUCACCAACACCACGCCCUGGGAGCAUCCCUACCCGGACCUCCCCAGCAGGUUUGCGCACUGGCGGCAGGUACUGUCCCAACAGAGUCUGUACCUGCACAGGUACUAUUUCGAGGUAGAGAUCUCCGGGGCAGGUAUCUAUGUUGGCCUGACCUGCAAAGGCAUCGACCGGAAAGGGGCGGAGCGCAACAGUUGCAUUUCGGGAAACAACUUCUCCUGGAGCCUUCAUUGGAAUGGGAAGGAGUUCACAGCCUGGCACAGUGACACAGAGACCCCACUCAACGCCAGCCCCUUCCGCAGGCUGGGGAUCUUCAUUGAUUUCCCAGGAGGGACGCUUUCCUUUCAUGGUGUAGAGUAUCAUUCCAUGACGUUGAUUCACAAGUUUGACUGCAAGUUUUCAGAGCCAAUCUACGCUGCCUUCUGGCUCUCCAAGAAGGAAAACACCAUCCGGAUUGUAGAUCUGGGAGAGGAACCUGAGAAGCCAGCACCAUCCUCAGUGGAGGCAGCUCCCUAGACACCAGGAUCCAUAUAGUAGACCUUUGUUAACCACAGUGACUGGGAGGCAGCAGCUUACAUCCUUGAGUGACAGGGGCAGGAAUAUCUGCCCCUGGUAGCUGGCUUUAGAGACCAUGCAGGUCUGCGGCCAGGUCAUGGCACAGUGAAAGUGCAAUUGACCCACGUGGGAAGGUCUCCAGGUUGCAUCUAGGGGAGUCUCCCUCUCUAUACUGGGGACCUACGGCCGUGACCUGGGCUGGCCGAAGCUGGGAAUGGAUCACAGCCUGGGGACUCCAUUGGGGUGCCUGUCUCUCUUUGUUUCUCUC